AGGUCACUUCCGACUUGAAUAGCACACAUGUGUCGCGUACUAAUCUCACCAGUGAGAAAUUUGUUAUUCCGCUCAUGUGACCGCCCCUUAUACUUAUCAUACUUAAUUAGAAUGGGAAAACGAUCGUUUUCAGAGGCCAUGGAGGACGGAAUCACAACAGGCAAGCGCGCUGCAGCUGUCCAGGCAGUGAACGAUCACAUCAGGGACAACCAAGUGAUUGGUAUUGGCAGCGGAUCUACCAUAGUGUUUGCAGUGGAGAGGAUAGUUCAAAGAGUUAAAGAGGAAAAACUCAAUCUUGUCUGCAUUCCGACCUCAUUCCAGGCCAAACAGCUGAUCCAGGAGCAUGACUUGGUGCUGGGGAGUCUGGAGAGAAACUCGGAGCUGGAUGUGGCCAUCGAUGGAGCGGACGAGGCAGACGCGAACCUGGACCUGAUCAAGGGAGGCGGGGGGUGCCUCACCCAGGAGAAGAUCGUGGCCUCCUGUGCCCGCGACUUCAUCGUUGUAGCAGAUUCCAGGAAAGAUGUUGACAAGCUUGGGACCACGUGGAAGCGAGGUGUCUCCAUUGAAGUGAUUCCACUAGCUUACAAGCCGAUCAAGUUGAAGAUUGAAAAACAGUUAGGAGGGUUAGCUAACCUCAGAAUGGCGUCGAAGAAAGCGGGACCAGUUGUGACUGACAAUGGAAACCUGAUCCUGGACUGGAUUUUUGACGAAACGAAGACCUAUGACUGGGAAAAGAUCAACUUCACCAUCACUACUAUUCCAGGGGUGGUUGAAACUGGACUGUUCGUCAAGAUGGCCAAGAUGGUGUACUUCGGCACCACUGACGGGAAGGUGAAGACAAGGACCGCGCCCUGGCUGACACCGGACACAGAACCAUCAGCUCAUAAACAUGAUAAGACUGAAGCCAAUGGGAGGAGCACAUGAUGCACAUCGUGGGGGGACUCACUCACCACCUGAUUUUGUUGCUCAUGCAUAUUACACAGAACUCAUUGCUACAGAAACAUCUUGCCAAUCAUUAGCUAGUUCCAGAUAUAUCCAUGCUCACGCACACAUAAGGUUGAACAUUAAGCUUAGAUUCUCUACAUAUCGAUGUUGAAACAGUUGGUUGUCAGGGUGGAUUUGAGGCAUGAUGAGGUACAGUACCUAAAAUAAUGAAAUACAAACAGAAUAGUUUUACCAAAUAAGUGCUUUUCAUUUAAAAAGAACAAUUUAGGGCAAACCCACCCAUCUGUAAAACAUAGAACCUUUAUGUCUGGGCCAGGUUCCACAAAGCAAUCCUAGCACUGAGACAGUUGUAAGUCUAUGUUAAAAUAUGAGAGUUACGAUCGCCUUAGCGCUACAAUCUCUUUAUGGCCUUAAUAAACAUAUUUUAUAAAUGUUUAGAAAAUCUGUAAUCUGGUGACACUCUAAUUGUUGGUACUGAUGUGUCCAGAAUGUUGUCUUUUCUUUAUAUGCUUUUCAUUCAUCACAUCAUACCACUUUUAAGCUUGCUUUGAUCCACAUACAUCUGCAACUACAGGCCUCAAAGUUUAGCCAUAUGGCUGCAAGUAUUUUUUUCCCAGGUAGCCAGUGGUAAAAUCAAGAAGUCAAGCCAAUAUUGUAGGUAGCCAAAAGCAUUUGAAAUUAUCUUUUAUCAAAUAACUAUUAUGAUAUGUACAAUGUAUAUUCUUGCUUAUCCAAUGAGCAUUGUCAACUGAAAUAAAAUACUAAUUACAUUAAUAUUUCUGUAUUUCUGAUCAUUGUCGACUUUAGGAGGAAUUAUUUGCAUGUACAAUUAUUAGCAGAUGUUUUUUCCAAGAUCAGCUGUUAUUUAUUUUUGUGUCUACAUACGUGUAGCAAUAGAGUUUAGUCGCCACAAGAAAUUUUUCAAGGUAGCCAUUUUGGUACUUCUGAAUUUUAGACAGUUGACAAAUUGAAAUUUGGGUCGCAUUGGCUACCAUUUAAGUGGCAACUUUGAGGUCUGAAUUAUCAUCCAUGGCUAUUCUUUCCCGUUGUAAGCCAUUCAUCAUCUUGUAAUUGUACACCAGUGCAAUAAUCACCUAAACACGGUGUUUGUAUUAUUCAUCAUGUUCUUUUUUAUAUGAACUCCACCAUCAGUAUUGAUGUCAUGUCAUAGAGGUCGACCUCUUCCUGACAUUUGUGGCCAAGAGGUUAAAGGUCCCUGCCUCGCUGACUGUACAGGGUUAAGUCCCUUGGAUGCAAGGAUCCAGUGGGUUUGAAUCCCAGAUUAUGAACCUUGGUCUGUCAUUCCGUACUGAAAUCCAUCUCCACUUUCUCACAUUUAGGAUAUGAAUCCACAUAAAUGCAUUGGUGAUAGCACAGUGGUAAGUGUUUGCUCAAAACACAUAGGUCCAGUUUCGUCCCACCAUGCUAUGCUCAUCAUGUCACUGUAAUUUGUUAUAACUCUGUUAAGAAUCUUACAACGCCAUUGGUUAAUCCGUACCAUGUGACAAAACAAUACUUUUCAAUGUAGACCCCCAAAUCACGUGUCUGACUUGACAUCAAAUAUUGACUCGUCACAUGAUCAGUGUUGACCUGUCACAUGAUGAAUAUAGAUUUGUCUGCUAGAAAACAUUUUGCUGUUCACAGCUAAGUUACUGUGAUGAAACAGUAUGGUUUGAAGGCUUCAUAAACAUUAAAGUGAUUUUCGGUAUAGCAAAACAAAUAAUCACUCUUGACGAGGUCAGCAUCAUCUUCCCGUGGCAAGAGAGUUAACUGACUUUAAAAGUCAAGUUUCCACCCUUGCCGAACUAGGCUGGAAUUACUGGGCUAGAUCGUAGCGCCACCAGUGGCUAUUACGAGCUAUGUCCUUUCUAU